UCCACCUCCACCGGAAUCACAGCACAGGGACACCGGCCACAUGCGCCCUCACACCGCUGUGAAACUGUAGCAGAGGGCUUGUUCUCCGCAUGGUACUGAGCACCACGGUGCUUUUGCCACCUCAGUGUGUGUAGCUACUCCUCUCCAGCUGAACAGCGGAUAGUAACAGGAGGCUGCAGGAGCUGGAGCGCACAGUCGGACCUGGAGGACAACAAGAUGAAGUUGGCGGUCCUCCUCCUCCUCCUCUGCCCGCUGUCCCUCGCCGACAUCCCCGCUCAGAGUGAGUUUGUAUCCUUGGCGGAGAUGGAGGACGCCCUGCUGAAGAACCUUUUCCAAGGCUACCAGCGCUGGGUCAGGCCCAUCCAGCACGCCAACGACACUGUGAGGGUGCGCUUCGGACUCAAGAUCUCCCAGCUGGUUGAUGUGGAUGAGAAGAACCAGCUAAUGACAACUAACGUUUGGCUUCUUCAGGAGUGGAUCGAUUACAAGCUGCGAUGGAAUCCAGACAAAUAUGGAGGAAUCACUUCUAUCAGAGUCCCGUCUGAAAAUAUCUGGCUCCCAGACAUCGUCCUCUAUGAGAAUGCUGACGGGCGGUUCGAGGGCUCCCUGAUGACCAAAGCCAUCGUCAAGUUCAAUGGUGCCAUCACCUGGACGCCACCUGCCAGUUACAAAUCUGCCUGCACUAUGGACGUCACCUUCUUCCCCUUCGACCGCCAGAACUGCACCAUGAAGUUUGGCUCUUGGACAUACGAUGGCAACAUGGUGGACCUGGUGUUGAUAGACAACCAGGUAGACCGGAAGGACUUCUUCGAUAAUGGGGAGUGGGAGAUCCUUAGCGCCACUGGUGCCAGAGGGAACAGGAAGGAUGACAUGUAUUCGUACCCCUUCAUCACUUAUUCCUUCAUUCUGAAGAGGUUGCCAUUGUUCUACACACUCUUCCUCAUCAUCCCAUGUUUGGGUUUGUCUUUUCUGACCGUCCUGGUGUUUUACCUUCCCUCGGAUGAGGGCGAGAAGCUGUCACUCUCCACCUCUGUCCUUGUGUCGCUCACUGUGUUCCUCCUGGUCAUAGAAGAAAUCAUCCCCUCCUCCUCCAAGGUGAUCCCGCUUAUCGGAGAGUAUUUGCUUUUCAUUAUGAUCUUCGUCACACUUUCAAUCAUCGUCACUGUCUUCGUCAUCAACGUGCACCACCGCUCCUCAGCCACUUACCACCCCAUGUCGCCGUGGGUUCGUAACCUCUUCCUUCAGAAAUUGCCGAGGUUGCUCUGCAUGCGUGGACACACCGACCGCUACCACUAUCCAGAGCUGGCUCCUGAGAGCCCCGAGCUGAAGCCUCGUUCAGGUCGGAAAGGAGGCCAGAAGGCAAACAGCGGAGCUCACGGACAAACGACUUCUGAGGGGAAGGAGGAUGAGGCCUGGGCGACCAUGUUGGACAAGGCUAUCUAUUCAGUGCGCUACAUAAGCAGACAUAUCCGCAAGGAACACUUCAUCCGUGAGGUGGUCCAAGACUGGAAGUUUGUGGCCCAGGUGUUAGACAGGAUCUUCUUGUGGGCUUUCCUCACCGUCUCAGUUCUGGGCACCGUCCUCAUCUUCACUCCAGCUCUGUACAUGUUUUUGAAAAUCCCUCCUCCAACAGCAAGUGAGGAUCCACCUUCACACUAGUAGCAAUAACACACUGCUUUCACAGGCAGCUGAUGAUCCGCUUUCAACAAUCUAUGACAACAUUUGUUGCCACUGAGCAAGACGAAGCCACUGCAGGUGUUUUGUAAAGGAGUACUUUGACUCUUUGAUGGUUUUGUUUCUUCUCUAGAUCCACUGUCACAUGUUCUGUAUGUCAUUCAGUCGUUAUCUGUAAACUUUGUAUGCACAUUAGAACGUUAUGUCAGAUUAUUACAAUAUUUUGUUUACAGAUAAAAAAGACAAUUGAUGCCACCUGUGCUGCUUUUCAGCGAGACUCACUUCAGAUUCUACACAUGGUGGCUUUAAGUAGCGCUAGAGUACACACAGUGGUCAUUUUAGAACGGUAUUUAAGCUAAAAUCAAAUGACACAAACAAAGGAGUAGAAGGAGAACUUUAUUCAGAAAACACUUAAGCUAAAAAAAAAAAACUUCGCCAGAUGUAUUUAGCCAAUUUCCUCAUUAUUGUUUAUGCUUUCAAUUGCCAUUGCCUUUGAUUUGAUGAAUGUGGUGGACCUAAAAUUCCCAACAUCACUUCAACAUUAUGUUCAUUUUCAUACACAGCUAUUAAGUUAUAUACUGUAAGUCAGCUUUAGUUGUAUUGUAUAUUGUAUUGUAAGAAAUAGAAACAAUUUAAUCUCUCAAGGUACCAACAACAUCUGAACUACCUUACACAUUCAUUACAGAUGCAACACCCUUUGACAUGUUUGCAAAAUCCUUUACGUUAGGCGAAGAAAUGACAAUGAGAGCCCUUCUCUGUGAUGUUGUAUGUAUGUGAACAGCGAGUCCUUUGUCUUUCUCACCUUCCUCAAAUACAAAAUUUGAUAUUUUUUGGUCACUGCAGUUAGUGAAGCCACUUCACGCAACAUAAUAUGAACUAUUAUAAAUGAAUGAAUGAAGAUAUUUGUUCUUGAAAUUACAAAUUCCUCAAAAGCAGUGGUUCCCAACUGGUCCAGCCAUGGGGUCCAGAUUUCUCUUUAGUCAUUAGUUCUUAGUUAGUUUAAUACAGUCAGCAUCGAACUUGUGUUUGUCCAUGUCAUCGAGCUAGUCUGCUGUCUCUGUCAGGCAGUUUUCCAUUUGUCACUCACUCUACAGCAGGAAACGGCACUUCAAAAUGCAAGCUCUGUGACAGAAACUCACUGUACCUCAAAAUAAAGUGUGUUAUUUACAAAAUUUGACACAUUUGCGAAUCACUUGCGGUCCAUUCAGAAUGGAUCCGCGACCGACUUUUGG